GCUUUCAAGUUUGUGACAACGUUGAUCUUGAAACUAUUUUGAUGGAAUAUGAGAGCUAUUAUUUUGUAAAAUUUCAGAAAUACCCCAAAAUUGUCAAAAAGGCAUCAGACACAGAAAACAGUUUACCUCAAAGAAGUGGAGGGAAGACCAGAAGGGUGAUGACGGACAGUUGUCAGAAUCUUCCCAAGAUCAACCAGCAGAGGCCACGGUCUAAAACCACGGUGGGAAAGCUCGGGGAAGCCAGGCCCCUCCACACGGAGCAUCCUAAACAGGAGGUUGUCAGUCACACUCAUAAGGAGAGUGCUGAUUUUGGCUUAAGUAUAUCUGGAAUCAACAAAGGCAGAGGAGAAGAAAACGUCCAUCCAAAAAAAGGCCCAAUCAUUGACUUCCGAGGGCUGCUCACUGAUGCCAUCAAAGGAGCAACCAGUGAACUUGGCUUGAACAGCUUCGACUGUAACCCAGACCCCUCAGAACGACUCUUGAAACCUCUGAGUGCAUUUAUUGGCAUGAACAGUGAGAUGCGAGAAUUGGCAGCCGUGGUGAGCCGGGACAUUUAUCUCCAUAAUCCAAACAUAAAGUGGAAUGACAUUAUUGGACUUGAUGCAGCCAAGCAGUUAGUCAAAGAAGCUGUUGUGUAUCCUACAAGGUACCCACAGCUGUUUACAGGAAUUCUUUCCCCCUGGAAAGGACUGCUGCUCUACGGACCUCCAGGUACAGGAAAGACUUUACUGGCCAAAGCUGUGGCUACAGAAUGCAAAACCACCUUCUUUAAUAUUUCUGCAUCCACCAUUGUCAGCAAAUGGAGAGGGGACUCAGAAAAGCUUGUUCGGGUGUUAUUUGAACUUGCCCGCUAUCACGCCCCCUCCACCAUCUUCCUGGACGAGCUGGAGUCAGUGAUGAGCCAAAGAGGCACGGCUCCUGGGGGAGAGCAUGAAGGCAGCCUGAGGAUGAAGACGGAGCUUCUGGUGCAGAUGGACGGGCUGGCUCGUUCCGAGGAUCUCGUGUUUGUCUUAGCAGCCUCCAACCUGCCAUGGGAGCUGGACUGUGCCAUGUUGCGCCGCCUGGAGAAGAGGAUUCUGGUGGACCUGCCGAGCCAGGAGGCCCGGGAGGCCAUGAUCCACCACUGGCUGCCCCCUGUAAGCAGGAGCAGCGCCCUGGAGCUGCGCGCGGACCUGGAGUACAGCCUGCUGAGCCGGGAGACCGAAGGCUACUCUGGCUCGGACAUUAAGCUAGUCUGCAGGGAAGCAGCUAUGCGGACUGUGAGGAAGAUCUUCAACGCCCUUGAAAAUCACCAGUCAGAGAGCAGCAAUUUACCUGGGAUCCAGCUGGAUACAGUGACCACUGCCGACUUUUUGGAUGUGCUCGCCCAUACCAAGCCUUCAGCAAAAAGUCUGACUCAGAGAUAUGCAGCCUGGCAAAGUGAGUUCGAGUCUGUGUGA